AUGGGAUUUGAAGGAUGGGGACGUGGACACUACAAGAGACUUGGAGUGCCCUCGGAGAAUGAAGCUUUUGACCAAGUGUUUUGGGAGGAGGUGGACGAAUGGGCCCAAAAAGAAGAAGAGACAUCGAAGGCAGACGUUGGGAACGUAGAACUAGAAAAGGAGUUCACUGAGGACGAGGUUGAGGCGUGUGUGAACAAGCUGAAGUGCCACAAAGCAGCAGGAGCGGAUGGGAUAGUCAACGAGUUCAUGAAGUUUGGGGGGAAGGGGAUGAUCCAGCUGAUGGUACUGCUGUACAAUUGGGUGUGGAAAAACGAGUAUACGCCAAGUAGAUGGAGGGAAGGAGUGGUUGUGAACUUGUUCAAGAAAGGAGACAAGACUGACCCAGGAAACUACAGGGGGAUCACACUGUUGAAUACAGUAGGAAAAAGGUUCUGUAAGCUGCUGAACGAAACGAUGGUGGGAGUGUUGGAGAAGGAACAUAGCAUUAGUGAGGGCCAGGCAGGUUUCCGCAAGAAGAGGGGGUGCGUAGACCACGUGUUCACGGUAGGGAGAAUCAUCCAAGGUAGAAAGAGGGCGGGAAAGCCGACGUACUGCUUCUUCCUGGACGUGAAAAAGGCAUACGACACCGUGUGGAGAAAUGGGUUGUGGAAACAACUGUCCAAAUACGGGAUCAAGGGGAAAAUGUGGAGAGUGCUGAAGAAGAUGACAGAGUGUACGAAAAGCGCGGUCAUGCUAGACGGAGAACUGUCAAAAUUCUUCGACAUUGAGCAGGGGGUCCCACAAGGUUGCACGCUGUCCCCAACAUUGUUCCAGGUGUUCAUCAACGAUCUGUUGGAAGUCGUAGAGGCAGGCCGGAAGGGAGUAAAACUAGGGGACACGGAAAUAUCGGGACUGCAACUGCAAAUUGACGCGGCGAAGAAGUUUACUGAUAAGUGGAGAUUGUCUGCCAACGUUAGGAAGAGUGCCGUCAUGGUAGGCAACGAGAACAAGGAGGAACCAGUAGAAGAUUGGUGGAAGUGGGGGAUCGAGGAGAUUGCAGUAGUGGACCAGUACACAUACCUCGGAGUAGAGAUCGCAAAAGACUGCUCGUGGAAUGCACACAUGUCCAAGGUAGCGGAAAAGGGCAAAGCACGAGCAGGGAAGCUGCACCCAAUACUCGCAAACCGGCACCUCGAUACACGCAUCAAAUUGACGGUUUUGAAGAGCGUAAUCGUACCGCCGCUAGAGUACGCCGGAGAAGUAUGGGAAGGAAAUAAGAAGGUAGUGAAAGAACUCGAGGCGGCGCAGAUGAAAGCAGCGAAAAUCAUCCUAGGAUGCUCCAAGCGCACAAGUAAUGCAGCCGUGAGGGCAGAAUUGGGGAUCCAAUCCCUACGGUCGGGAAGAGACGCGAGGAAGCUGACAUGGCAGUAUCGCAUGUGCGGGAUGGGAGAGGAGAGGUUGCCGAGAAUUGUAUGGGAGGCGAAGUGGGCAAACAAAAAGAGGGGUAGACAACCCACGGAAUGGGUCAAGGUUGUAGAGGACGUAUGGAAGGGGCUCGACAUCGACGAAGAUGAAACGUUGGAAACGGAGGGUCUACAGGGGUUCAUGUAGACGAUAUCUGUUGCUUGUGCCGAG